AAGAGCAUCGUCGUCGACUUCAGCAACACGUUCUGCGGGCCCUGCAAGAUCAUGUAUCCCAAGUUCGAGGCGCUGAGCGAGCGGUUCGCGGCCGGCGCGCUCUUCUAUUCCUGCUCGCUCGACGAGAGCGCGGAGGCGUCGACGCUGGGGAAGCGCGAAGCGGUGCAGAUCGUGCCCUCGUUUAUCAUCUGGAAGGACGGCGCGCGCCUCGAGGCCGUCGAGGGCCUCAAACCCGAUCUCCUCGUCGCGGCCGUGAGCCGCGCGGCG